AAUAUGCCCUUCAGAUGACAUUGAUAACUGUAGAAAUUCUGAAAACUGUCAGUUCCCGGUUUAGUGAACAAAUUUUUGCGAAAUAUUCUAAAAGAAUGGCUUUUAAUAAAUUGUCUAUCGAUUCCUUAGAUCUAAAUGGAAAAAGGGUAUUAAUAAGAGUUGAUUUUAACGUUCCUCUUAAAGAUGGCAAAAUUACCAAUAAUCAACGUAUUGUAGCUGCCCUUGAUACUGUAAAAUAUGCCCUAGAUAAGAAUGCAAAAAGUGUUGUUUUGUGUUCACAUUUGGGAAGGCCUGAUGGCAACCCGAAUCCCAAAUAUACUUUAGCUCCUGUUGCUGAAGAACUGAAGACAUUACUAAACAAACCAAUUCAGUUCCUAUCAGAUUGUGUUGGAUCUGAAGUGGAAAACAAAUGUGCAGAUCCAGCACCAGGCUCGGUAAUUUUGCUUGAAAACUUACGUUACCAUGUUGAAGAAGAAGGAAAGGGUGUUGAUGCCUCCGGUAACAAAAUUAAAGCUGACCCUGCCAAAGUAAAAGCAUUUCGUGAGAGUUUAAGAAAGUUGGCUGAUGUCUAUGUUAAUGAUGCUUUCGGAACUGCUCACAGGGCACAUUCUUCUAUGUUAGGAGAAGGCUUUGAUCAAAGGGCAUCUGGGUUCUUGCUUAAAAAGGAAUUACAAUAUUUUGCAAAAGCUUUAGAUAACCCUGAAAGACCAUUCCUGGCUAUUUUGGGAGGUGCAAAAGUUGCAGAUAAAAUUCAACUUAUUGACAACCUUUUAGACAAAGUUAAUGAAAUGAUUAUUGGUGGCGGUAUGGCAUACACUUUUGUAAAAGUACUUAAAGGAGUAAAUAUUGGAACCUCUCUGUAUGAUACCGAGGGAGCUAAAAUCGUGAAAAAUUUGAUUGACAAAGCACAAAAAAAUAACGUACAGGUGCAUCUGCCUAUUGACUUUAUCACUGCUGAUAAAUUUGACGAGAAAGCUCAAUCCAGUUGUGCAACUAUUGAAUCUGGCAUUCCUGAUGGUUGGAUGGGUUUGGAUAUUGGACAGAAAACGAUCGAGUUAUUUAGAGAACCAAUUAGGAGGGCAAAAGUUAUUGUGUGGAAUGGGCCUGCUGGAGUAUUUGAAUGGGAAAAGUUUGCCAAUGGUACUAAGGCUAUUAUGGAUGAAGUAGUUGCUGUUACUCAAAAGGGCGCUAUUACUAUUAUAGGUGGUGGUGAUACAGCUACUUGUGCCGCUAAAUGGGGAACUGAAAACAAAGUAUCCCAUGUAUCCACUGGUGGCGGAGCUAGUUUGGAGCUUCUGGAAGGUAAAGUGCUGCCUGGUGUCGCUGCUCUGUCCGACGCGUAAAAGAUGCGUUUUCAUGAUGUAAUAAUCAUUACUUAGUUGGAGAAGCCAUUGAUAUCUGUGUAUGUCUUGAUUAAAUUGUUGAGUAUUUGUUAAAUUUUAUUUAAAAUAUCUACAUAAUAAUGUAGUACAUUUGAUUCCAAAUUAUUUAAAUAUUAACCAUUGACUAGCGUAGUACAUUACCAAAAAGUCAUUGAAAAAGAAAAUAAUAUAAUAAUUGUUUAAUAAUAUAUAAUUUCCAGAAAUUUUUA